AUGGCAGACUCUACUUCUCCUACUUCUACGCUAGUUGGUCUCCACCAUGAGAAAUACUGGGACCGUGACCCAAAUUCAUGGGGAAACUUAAACGAUUGGGAUAUUUAUUUUAUCGAAAACGGUUUGCCAGUUGAUAGCCGUGAUUAUUCCAAGGCAUCUAUUAUGAAAAAGUCUCUAGAGGCAAAAUGUUUUUUGCCCGAAGUGGGAAGUAUAUUAUGGUCUGGGCCUUUAGGCUCCAUUAUAAUAUGCGCAGUGGGAAGUAUAUUAUGGUCUGGACCUUUAGGUCCCAUUAUAAUAUGCGUGGCUAGACAGGCAGUUGAUAGGUCAUUGAAUUGUCAGAAUGACCCCGGAAACAAGUCGUUAUGGUGUAAUCAUCUCCCGAAAUUGGGAACACUAGCUGUCAUGGACCGAGUAAAUAAACGCGAAAUUCGAAGCAUCGCCGUACAAGAAGAGACAGAGAGAUACAAAAAUGAGCAAGCGUCAAAAUUUUCAGGAAGAGAGGGUACAUCAGAAAAGAAAUCAAAAAAACGUAAAGUUACUGCGAGUAAAAAUGAAAUGCUCUCUAGUGACAACAAUGAUGAAGAUGACGAAGAAAUUAAAAUUGACUUAAAAAGAAUUUCGGAUGAAUUGCUACGCGAACCGGAAGUCAAAUGGGAAGUAGGUUGCAUUAAUGUAACUGAUCAAUUUCGGCGGUACCAAAAAGAAAUUAUUGAGAAGGCGGAAAAAAACGGAUUAAAAUACGAUAAUAUUUACGAGUUAUUAGCUUUGUCUUCGAUAAUAGUGCUCAGCUGUCCAUGUCCGUAUCCCACCAUGUUUACGAUCGCAGAAUGGCAAGAAAUAACAAGAACUAACCCCUAUACACCUCAAGAUUCUCCACUUACUCAAGAUAUUUUAUUAUCUUUACAUGAUGCCUCAUUCAACCAUUUUCUUGGAUUAGAUUCAUUCGUGGAAAAUGGCGAAUCGAAGUUGAGUAAAAUAGUCGCGCGCUCAUUCAAUGACAUAUAUGAUAGUGUCAUGAAAGUUGCUCCACUAAAGAUGUCUGAGGAAGAACAUUGUUUAAAUUUUGUUUAUCCGUUAGCUCGCCCAUUUUUUUCAGGCGAAAAAGAAUAUGAGCUAAUAUUGAACCGUGCAAAUACAGGUACAAAGAAAAGGCCGGACCUCUCUUGCGUUGUGGAUGGCGUGCCAAUUUUAAAUUCGGAGUUCAAACCCUUAGGAUGUACGCCAUUACAACGAGGGAAAGACAGAGUGAAAGUUCAAUUAAGGGCCCGAAAAUCAGUCAAUCAACAAUUACUAAGCAAGGGAGGUCCAGGUGACUUGAUGGAGUCUUACUUUAUGGAUUUGGAAUACGAUGGCUUAUAUCGCUCAUGGCCAUUUCUUACGACCAGACUUGUAAUAGAUAAAACCACAAUCCCACUUGCAGGAGUCGCAAUUCACCAUUUGUUGGCUUUAGAGGAGCGUGUUGAAAAGAUUUCUAAGGACUUUAAAUAUCGAAAAUCUCGUAGUGGGGAAACUACACCGCUUCAACAAUUAUCAUUUAUACGUACACUACCAGAUUCUCCACAAGUAAAGCAAUUAAUUCAUUAG